GACAAUCCAGCUGUUCUGAAUAAGCUGACGCGUGGCAUUCAUCUUUCUGAUUAGCUAUGUCUUCUUUCUUUUUCCAUUGUUCCUUCCUGAAUUCUACUUUCUUUUUCCAUUUCGUUUAUGUGUUUCCUUCUUAAUUAUUUCCUUCUUGAUUAUUUCCUUUUUAGUUGUUUCCUUGUUAAUUAUUUCCAUUUUGAACGAGUGUUGCAGCGGUUAGUUCGAUGGCGAGGUUUCAUGGAGCUGCUGUAAUUGCCAUGGCUAUUUUUGUCCUUUUGCUUAGGAGGGAAGCGUAACUCAUUCUCUCUCUUUCGUUCCUGCUGUUAAUUUCAUGGAGUGGUUUGAUGGAGCUUCUUUGGUCGCAGCUCUGGAUCUGGUUGUUGAGUAGUGUGAGGUCUGUGCAGUUGGAGCGGUGUUGUUAAAAUUGCUUGCUGCUAUUGUUGGAAAGGAUUGGCGCAGCUUGCUCUUGCGGUUGGGUUUUCAGAUGCCAAAUUUUAUGAGAUUGCUGGCGGACUAAUUGGAAAUCUGGUGGUAAUUCAAUAAGUGGGUCCUUGUCUAUUACAUCAUAAAUACGGCAUUCUGAUAAAUUGGGGGGUAUUGCAAUUAGAACCUGAGAUCAGUGUCAAAUUCAGGAAUUACUGUACAGCAAUUAGAACCUGAGAUCAGUGUCAAAUUCACAGAAUUUUAAGCAGAACAAAUAUUGAACAGAGCCUCUCAUUUUACAGACCAAAAAACAUCUUCUGAACUGCAGCUUCGGAGAAUUUAAUAUGUUUUCUUUUUACAGUAAAUGACAUAAACAGGAAUCAUCAAUAUCCUGUGCGCAUUGUUGAGAUAGCUUGAUCUGCACCAAAGUAAUAUGGCUGAUGCACCUGUUAACUUUAAGAGACCAUCAAGUAGAGGGCGGAAAUCAAAGCGAAUAAGUGAUUUGAUAUCAAAUCAUAAUUCUUCUAGUCAAGCAGAACAGUCAAAGUCCAAAAAGGCAAAAUCAAGACCUUCAAAAUAUACUGUACUUGAAAAAAGACCCGUGUCUCUUAGAGUUACACCAUCAAAUGCACAGAGUUCAAAGCAGCUAAGGGAUGCUGCUAAAAAAGCCCCUGCGGCCACUUUAGGAAGACCAUUACCUACGCAACCCUUAGAAUUAUCUCCGCCUACCUACUGUGCUGAGUGCGGGGCUAAAAAGUUUGCGUUUGAAACCCUGCAUUUCUGCUGUGGCAAUGGUGAUAUUAAAAUAGUUGCGAAUGAAUAUCCCCCUGAAUUAGUGAGACUUUUUACUUCAAGAGAUGAAGAUGAUGUGCAUUUUAGAAAGUAUGCUCGAUUAUACAAUAACCUAUUUGCCUUUAGUUCAAUUGGAGGUAAAACUGACAGAGAAACAUACAAAGAUCAAAGGGUGUAUAAUGCUCCCACUUCAGAUGAAGUUGCGGUUAUCUGGCCUGAUAGUGUUUCAUCAAGUCAGAGUUCAUGGCCACAUGUUCUUGUGACAGCAAAAUCUGCGAAAUCCCAUCGGAUUGCCCAUUUUUAUGGGUGCUAUGACCCUUUACAGUAUCCCCUGCUAUUUCCAAGAGGUGAAUGUGGUUGGCAUCAGGGUCUAAAAAAAACUUCUUAUGGUGGAGAUAGGCAAGUGGCAGCAGAACCUGAUCCUAUUCAAUCAUGUGCAGUGAACACUCCGGCAGAUUUUCUGGAUGCAGAAGCUGCUCGAGCUUCCGGAAGACAUACGAAAGCUGAUAAGAAUAUCUCUGCAAGGGAGUACUAUGCUUAUAAGCUUCAAAUUAGACCAGGAAACAUGCUCUUAAGAGCAGGCCGUGCAUUUCUGCAAUACAUCACAGAUAUGUAUAUCAAGGUUGAAAAUACAAGGUUAGAUUUUUUCCGGCAAAAUCAAGAUACAAUAAGAGCAGAUCUUUAUAAGGGUAUUCUUGACACAGUAGAGAGUGGACAGACAAGUGCAGCUAAUGUUGGUCAUAAAUUCAUUUUACCACCAUCAUUUAUAGGAGGCCCUCGUGAUAUGAAAAGGAGAUAUCUGAAUGCAAUGGCUCUUGUGCAGAAAUACGGGAAGCCAGAUCUCUUCGUCACUAUGACAUGCAAUGCAAAUUGGCCAGAGAUAAAAGCCGAACUAGAGCCCGGUGAGACUGCCCAAGACCGACCUGAUUUAGUUGCUCGUAUAUUUCGGGCGAAGUUGAUUGCUCUGAAACAAAAAAUCAAGAAAGACAUGGUAUUUGGAAAAGUGGCAGCGAUGAUAUAUGUUGUAGAAUUUCAGAAAAGAGGAUUGCCGCAUGCUCAUUUCUUGUUGAUUCUAGAACAGCAGCAUAAGAUGAAAUCUCCUGCUGAUUAUGAUAGGUAUGUUUGUGCAGAGAUACCUCCUGUUACUCAGCCUGAACUGCGUAAGAUUGUAUUAAGGCAUAUGAUGCAUGGACCAUGUGGCCAAUUAAAUCCAGAGUGCCCUUGUAUGAGAAAGAAGGAUAAUGUCUUUUCUUGUAAAAAUGGAUAUCCAAAACAAUUCACCGCACAAACAACGACAAAUAAAGAUGGUUAUCCUUGUUAUAAGAGAAGUGAUACUGGAGAACAAGUGAAGGUCAGAAAUGCCGAGUUAGAUAAUCGAUGGGUUGUACCUUAUAACCCUUAUCUCGCAGCACUCUUUGAUUGUCAUUUAAAUGUAGAGGUUUGUUCGACUAUAAAAGCAGUGAAAUAUUUAUAUAAAUAUGUUUACAAAGGACAUGAUCGAGUGGCCUUCAAUAUUUCGGCAGAAGAUAGAAAUUCAGGAGAUGAAAUUGCUCAGUUUCAGUCAGGAAGGUGGGUGUCACCGUGUGAAGCGGCUUGGAGAAUUUUCGGGUUUGAUUUAUUUAAGAUGCAUCCACCAGUCUUACCUCUGUCUGUUCAUAUUCCAGACAUGAAUACUGUCUGUGUACGCCCGUAUGAACGUCUUGAUAUAGGUAUUGCAAGUGGUGUUUAUGCAAAGACUCAAUUAACAGAGUUCUUUUGUAUGAAUGCAGCUAAUGAUAAUGGUCUUGGUUACUUAUAUGGAGAAUUUCCAGAACACUAUAAGUGGGAUGCUUCAGCAAAAAAUGGUCCAACCGACAAAAUAAAAACUCGAUGGUUGGCCGUUUAGCUUUUGUGGCUCCUUCUGAAGGUGAACGCUUUUACCUUCGACUACUAUUACUGAAUGUCAGAAGUCCAAAAUCUUUUACAGACUUACGCACAGUUCAAGGUUAUGUAUGUGCAACUUUCAAGGAAGCAUGUCUUAAAGCUGGCAUUUUGGAAGAAGAUGAUGCUGCAAGCAUUUGUUUGGCUGAAGCAACUGAAAUUCAGCUCCCCGGGGCUCUGCGCCGAUUGUUUGCAACUGUUCUUAUAUUUUGCCAGC